ACCCACAAAACCAAGAUGGCGGUGCAAGAGACAGCAUCUCAACUGUCCAUGGCUCUCAAAGUCCAAGAAUAUCCCACCCUGAAGGUCCCGUACGAGACUCUGAACAAGCGCUUCAGGGCGGCUCAGAAGAACAUCGACAGGGAGACGAGUCACGUCACGAUGGUUGUCGCAGAGCUGGAGAAAACGCUGAGCAGCUUUCCUGUGGUCGACUCUGUGGUGUCACUGCUGGAUGGGGUGGUGGAGAAGCUCAGCGCCUUGAAGAGGAAGGCUGCCGAGUCCAUACAGGCAGAAGACGAGAGCGCCAAGCUGUGUAAGCGUCGCAUCGAGCACUUGAAGGAGCACAGUAGCGACCAGCCGGCCUCAGUCAACCUGUGGAAGAAGAAACGGAUGGACCGCAUGAUGGUGGAGCAUCUGCUGCGCUGCGGCUACUACAACACAGCUGUUAAACUGGCCCGACAGAGCGGUAUAGAGGAUCUGGUGAACAUCGAGAUGUUCCUCACAGCUAAGGAGGUGGAGGAGUCUCUGGAGAGGCAGGAGACGGCCACCUGCCUAGCCUGGUGUCAUGACAACAAAUCCCGUCUCCGCAAGAUGAAGAGUUGCCUUGAGUUCAGCCUGAGAAUCCAGGAGUUCAUCGAGCUCAUCAGACAGAACAAACGCAUGGACGCAGUCAGACACGCGAGGAAGCACUUCAGCCAAGCAGAGGGCGGGCAGUUGGAUGAGGUUCGGCAGGUGAUGGGCAUGCUGGCCUUCCCAUCAGACACGCAUAUCUCCCCUUACAAGGAUCUUUUGGAUCCAGCCCGCUGGAAGAUGCUGAUCCAGCAGUUUCGAUAUGACAACUACAGACUGCACCAGCUGGGAAACAACUCUGUGUUCACUAUCACCCUGCAGGCCGGACUGUCUGCCAUAAAGACACCUCAGUGCUACAAGGAGGACGGUACAUCCAAGAACCCAGACUGCCCAGUCUGCAGUAAAUCCCUCAACAAGCUGGCCCAGCCGCUACCUAUGGCCCACUGUGCUAACUCCAGACUAGUGUGUAAGAUCUCUGGGGAGGUCAUGAACGAAAACAACCCUCCCAUGAUGCUUCCUAAUGGAUAUGUCUAUGGAUACAAUUCCCUUCUGUCCAUCCGCCAAGAUGACAAAGUGGUUUGUCCCAGAACCAAAGAAGUCUUCAGCUUCUCUCAGGCUGAGAAGGUCUACAUCAUGUGAUCACUCAGAUCCCCCCGUCUGAUCAUUAACAUGAUUGAAAACGGCCGUCAUUCAUCAUCUGUGACCCGGCCGACUCAAAGAGAGAGCCACCCGUGGAGCUGUGAUCCAGUGCCCCCCCCCCCCGCCUCCCCAUCACAGACACACCCAACGUAUCACACAACCCCCUCCUCUCAAUUCAUGAUGGACGACGGCUCAUCACCCUCCCAUGUGUGAUCACACAGAAACUGGACGACUCUCCUUUUAGACUGUUUUAGAUGUGGCUAGAUAACGAGGAGUCGUUCCUUUCAAGCACACGGACGAUCGACGUGAUUAUCUUUCUGUCUCUCGCUCCACAAGCGGGCCGAGACAGAUGAUAGGUAGAGAUUUGAUUUCACUACAACAAAUAAAAAAUUGUUGAGGUUACGUUGAGCUUUUCCUUCUACUAGUGGUAUUUUCUUUUGUGGCAGGACGGCGUUGUGUCGCUUCAUUAACCAGAUUAACAUGUGACCCUUUUUCAGACAAACAUGGCUGACCUCCCAGUCUUUAAGUAGCAUCUCAUUCUGUGAUGCAUGCUGUUCACAUCUCGUCUUCUGGCCAUGUUGUUUUUGUGGGCUUAUGUUCAGGGAAUGCGAUAAACGCGACUUUUUAACUCCCUUUUUGGCAUUUCCCCGUCUUCGGCUGUGAAACCGGAGCCCGGUUUGGACCGCAGUGGGCUCCUUCUCAAGUGUAAAUAUUAGUUAGGAAGUGAUCAUCCUCGUGUGUAAGAUUCAGGGUUUCUGGAAAAGUUGACGACGUUAAAUCGCAAAGAAAGUGUGAAGCGAGUCUUUUCUUGUCACCUGAUUUAGUCCACAGUCUCCUCUGGUUAACUUCUGAGGACGCUGUUAGUUUCAAACAAACUUUCACUCAUUAUGGGGUCAAAACUACCGUAAUGACAUGUAGGGCAAUACUCACACUAAACCAUAUUUGAUGUUUUUUAUGAUUAAACCAACUGUCUUCCUUUUGUGUUUGAGGUUUACUGAUUUCAGUUCUUGUCAGCGUUUUCCUCCUUUAACUCUUCAGUGAGAAUGGAACAUUUCAGUGAACGUGUUCUGGUUUUUAGGAUUGACGUCGCCCCGGGUAAUUUCUGCUAAUGUACAAUGCCUGGAUAUUUUUUUUUCUCUCCGUCUCACAUUCUGCUAAAGCUCCUCAUGGCACUGAGACUCCAAAGGGUUUGCACUGCAUUAAACCACUAAGACGGCUUUAACACAGAAUACAACAUGCAUUAAGGGGCGGCACAUUGAUACGGACUUUUCAUGCAGACUUUUAUAGAAAUCUUUGGUCAUGCAAAAAAAUAAACACACAAUUCGCCCUCUUUGGCUGAGAACCUGACGUGGACGACGUAUGGACUGGGAACGUGGAGAGAAAACGACAUGUCCAAGGUUGACUUCAGUGAAAGCUAACGCACAAUAACUGCCCAAUUGUAAAACAUUUGAUCCCCGACACGCACCGGUCAACAUCUUCCAUUUCUUCCAUUUUCUUCUGUUCAUUGACAAACCAAAAGUUGCCUCAUUUGUGUCCAUCAGUGAGUUGGAAGUGUAACUGUAAAGACACAGACUGUCCUGUGUGUUCUUGUUGGUAGACUAGAUAAAGGGAAUGUUUCAUGAGAGGACAGAAAAAAAUGUCUCAUAAAGAUUUCGGUGAACUUUG